AAAAAAAAAGCCCGCUGCCCUCUUCAUCCCUUAUCUGCCCUCGUGACCUAAUAGAAAAAUAUGCAGCAACAAAACACGAUUCUUUCACUCCAGCUUCCCUUUUCAGAUAGAGAACAAAACACAAAUCGACGCAUUAGUCUGACCUCCUCCUUCUCCAGCCAGAGUUGCGUCAACAGUAGCCAUGAAACUGAUGCUAUUAACAAAAUUGUCCUUCUAGGUGUUCUAGACAAUGGGAAUGAUGCAGAGUGGUUUGAGGCGUUAGCUGGUGAUUGGUACUUCAUAGAAGAGAUCAUCACCCUCUUUGAAUCUUGAAGAAUGCAAUGUAUAAAGUUGUCAAUUGGGUUGUUACUCAUGUUUUUGGAAUAAAGAAAAACACUCAAAUUAGUUUGUGUAUAUGUAGAAAUUCAAUCAUUUUGUAAAUCAAUAUAAUUGUGAUAAUGAUUUUAUAUGAUUUGAUGAAUAUU